CUCGACGACAAAGAGAUGAGAUGUUGUUAGCAGGGAGAUCCCAUUACAGAGGACGCAUGUAGUAAUAUGGCCGAAACAAAAGCGUAAGAAGCGAAAUACCUGCCAUCAAAAAAAAAAAAUCGACACAAUUCUUAAAAUCUAAUUUGGUUGUUCGCUAUAACUUUUAGUGGAUUUAUAGGCUUCUCGCGUGGGAAAUGGAGAAGAAAAGGUGGGAUUGCACUGCUCUCCCCAAGGGCUGGAAAAUGGAAGAAGUGACCAGAAAGUCGGGUUUGUCAGCUGGAAAAAGCGAUGUCUAUUAUUUUAGCAGAGGAGAAGAACAAGAUGAGGAACAGAGGCAAGAGAGGGGGGAGGCGGGUCGGUUGUAUAGUUUGUGUCCAUCUGGGAAGAAGUUUCGGAGCAAGCCUCAGCUGGCCCGUUACCUUGGUAACCAGAUGGACCUCAGCUCCUUUGAUUUCCGAACAGGGAAGAUGCUGAUGAGCAAGCUGAACAAGAACCGUCAGAGGUUGCGCUAUGAUAACAACAACCAGAACAAGGGCAAACCGGACUUGAAUACAUCACUCCCUGUCAGACAGACGGCGUCUAUCUUUAAGCAGCCUGUUACCAAGGUAACCAACCACCCAAACAACAAAGUUAAGACGGAUCCUCAGAAAGCAGUCGACCAGCCCAGACAGCUAUUUUGGGAGAAGAAACUCAGUGGUCUUAAUGCAUAUGACAUCGCAGAGGAGCUUGUGAAAACAAUGGAACUGCCUAAAGGUCUGCAAGGUGUUGGUCCAGGCUGCACAGACAAGACUCUUCUGUCGGCGAUUGCGAGCGCUCUGCACACCAGCGCUGCUCCCAUCACUGGCCAGCUGUCUGCAGCUGUGGAGAAGAACCCGGGAGUGUGGCUCAACACGACACAGCCACUUUGCAAGGCCUUCAUAGUCACUGAUGAGGACAUCAGGAAACAGGAGGAGCUGGUGUACAGUGUGAGGAAAAGGCUGGAGGAGGCACUGAUGGCGGAUAUGUUGGCACACGUCGAGGAGGCUGCCAGCGAUGGGGAGGUUCUGAAGGAGGACGGCAAUGGCAGUGAAGAUAUGGAGAGCGUAUAGCACAGGUUGGUAAGGGGAAGAUUAAGGCCUAUGAGCAAAUAUAAAGGCACACUUACAUUAGGCCCAGCUUCCCCAUACCGUGCGGAAGCACAGUUGGCUUCCCCUGCUGGCAUGCACUCACAUUACUUCAGAACCAAUCAGGCAUGAGCAUGGUUACCUCUAUACAUACAUCAUCACAUUGUAAUAUAAGUUAGUCGCAGAUUUUCUCUGAGCUGACUGAAUAUAAACUUGAGUAAACACUUGACCUCAGCAUCAGACCUCAGUGAAACCUUUACGGUAUGGAGCACUCACACUAGUCAAUCAAACUGGACUUUGGGGGUAAACUUGCUUGGGCAUUGUGCAGUUUACCUAGUGUGAGUGUACCCUAAGAGCGUAGAUGUACUACCAGCUAUAGAUGUAAAGGUCUCAUGCUUUUAGCAGCAGAAAGCAUAUCAAGACUUCUAUACUCAGUGCAUUAAUUAUUACAAAAAACUAGACAAUAUGCACCUUCUAAUGGCCAUUACUUUCCUCUUGUAGGGUUUGGUGAUGCCCAAAUGGGUUUUUUCAACACCUGCGCACACACGACCAUGAACAGUAGGAGCCCCACAACAGUCCAGCCCUGAUGAACUGUCCUCUUGUAUCUGCAGCCCAACUUUAACCUGAACCUGACUCCCUCCAGCCCCUUACUUCCUGAAAAAAAACGUCUUCCACUUUGGAACACCUGGAGUCUCAAAUGUUUCUAUUAGUCAUUACUUCCACUGGAUGGGACUCUCAGCGUAUGUCCAAACUCUGUUUUUUCAUUGGAAAUAAAAAAAAACUUUACAUAAUAAUAUUGCAUUAAAUGAACUAACAUAAAUUAAUAAUAACUUGCCUACAGUAUGUCAAAGUCAGUGUUUGAUGAGCAUAUUUUUUACUGAAAUGGGUGUAUAUGUUUUGUGACAAUCUGUCAAAAUUGAACAUUUAAUGUCUGCUAAAAGUCACUUUUUGGUUCCAACAGAUUAGAAAUAAUGUUUUGUACUUUUGACAUGUUUCUUCUAUCAAUUUUAUGAUGCACUCCAUGACUAGUGUGACAAAGACCACACAUGACGCAUUUUCUAAUGGAGCCAAUUCACAUGUUACCACACAGACUUAAGCUAAUCAAAAUUAGCGACAGUGCUAACCUCCAGGUGGAUGAUGUUACAUAUGAAGAUAGCAUAGUUUGAAUGCAGCAAGUUUUUCCUGCUAUACAAUCAUGGAAAUAUUUUCUUUAAUGUAAGUGGUGUUAUCCUGAUUUCUGUUCAGUAUUGACCAAAGAGGAGACGUGGAAGAGGCUGUAGGUUUGUGUCUGCUUCGUAUUGAACUGUGGCUGAGCAUUUAAGCUCUGCUGUUUUACAACCAAACUCAAGGAAAGUCAAAGGUACACGCGACGGGGCUGAGCACAAAUGUUAAGGAAAGAAAGGAUUUGAAACCUCUUUCUGUAAUUAAAGUACUACUGUUUUUAUCAUCAUGGGUGCUUACUGAUGUUGUGAAACAUUGCUGUUCUUCAGUCCACUUUUUUUAAGUGUCAAUGUUACCACACACAUGCUGCCUCCUUGUAAAACCCACGCACAAAAUGGUCAUGCAGCAAACUACAUUUAAGAUUCUGUUUUAAUGUCUUUUCAUUUAUUAUCCGAGGAAAAAUUAUUUAGUGUUUUUUUUUUUUUUUUUUUUUUUUAACCCUGUCGAGGUUUGAGGAUGAAUAAUGUGUUUCCAGCUGAAAUCAUGAAAUUCUUAAUUCAAUGUCAGCAGGCUGAAUGCUGAAUUGAAUUUGAUUGUAUUAAUUAUUAAAAAUUGGUCGAUUUGUAACUAAA